GGGGAUGAUUAUGAUGAAUCAUCCGUCAUUAUCGGGGCCUGAUGAUCCAGCGAGUUGUUAAGAGACAACAAUGUUACCGACACCUCCGUCUAUGAUGUAAUAAAUAUUAACGAGUAUGGACUGUCACACCAUAAAUCAUGCAUAAGAACCGAACAAAAUUUCCUGUGUAAGAUUCAUCUUACUACUGUGGACAGAAAUAUUCGCAAAUCUACCAACUUUGCAGUAACUACAAGAAAUUUUCUAAAAACACAAAAUGGGAAACGUUCAAACACACGGGAAUCUCAGAGAUACGGAAGUGGAGGCUCAAAUACCAAAUCGUUUAUCGAGAAUUACGUCGAACCUAAUUCUGUCGCUAAUUGAUGGGGACUAUUAUCCCUGUCUCAUUCUGAGACCAUCAACUGCAAUCAAGGAAGGAUUAGUUGUAUAUGUGUUUCAUAAAAAUAUGGAAACGGAAAUUCCUUCAAGGAAUAUCAUAGGUAACAUGAAAUGUCUGAUGCACUGCAACGUUAGUUACACAGACGAAAAUGGAAACACUGGUGAUGGAUAUGUAAGAGCAGUGAAUUGCAGUGAAGAUGGUCACCCGUUAAACUUCUUCAUAUGUGGCAAAAAGGAAUGCAAGUGGGUAUCCCUACCGUUUGUAUUUCUCACCAGAGAGCAAGCGAAGGAUCUGUGUUGAUAGUUAGUACUAAGUAGUUAUUCUUGGACUCGUUCACUUUCGGUAAUAAAGAUGCUUAAUAUC